CCUAACCGGUACCUUUUGUCCUAUAAGUACGUAGCUAUCAGUUGGGUUUGACCUCUUGGGUUCCUUCGGUGACGGUUGACUGUGACGACGGCGGACCGUCACCAAGUGUGGUUGGCGGUAUGACGGUGUCUUGGUGUCCCCUUCGUGAGCGGCGGCAGCUUUCAAGUCGUCCUUCCACGUCUUCUGACUCCCGAAGAUCUCGAUCUCCACGAAGAUACGAGCUGAGAAGGAAACACUCACCAAGGAAGGAAUCGGAACUACGUGAGAAGGUGGCCGAGCUCUCCAAAGGUGUUGCCUCGAUCAAGGAGCACUUUGAUGCGGUACAAGCUAAGAAGGACGAAAAAGCUCGACGCAAGAUGGAAAGGGAGAAGGAGAAGGAGGAGGAGAAGCGGAGACUGGAGGAGGAAAAAGCCAUGAGAGCUCAAGUAGAGGCACGUCGUGAAGCAAAGCUAUGUAAGAAGGAGAAAAAGGCAAAGCAGGAGGCUACACUGCGAGCGAAGAUGAAGAAGGAUGUCACAGUGCAUGCCUCGUUGCUCAUGAGCGAGAUAAAGGAUGACUGGAUUAACCAAUGGAAGACAGUUGUGCUACCGGCCUUAGCAGGGGGAACGGGAGAUGUGAAAGGAAAGAAGAAGGUGGUGUACCAGUUAGCAGAGGAGAGCGAUUCUAAUUACAACAGCAGUGAUAGCGAGACUAGCGUCACACCGGAGUUGAGUGCGGAGACUCGCCGCUUGUGUAUCAGUGAAAAGAGGAAGCGUGGUAAGGAAGCUAUGCCGGAGAACAACCCAUCCAUGGAGUUACCACCGAAGAGAACUCCUCAGCGAGUGGGUGUCAAGAUGGAUAAAGCGGAUCUUCGUAUGACCCGGGCCAAAUCGAAGCGAGGGGUCCGGACCCCGAUCCCGGCGAAGAAGAAGACCCCAAUCAAGACUCCGUUAAUAAAGAUGUUGAAGUCAGGACAGAUAAAGACUCCACCGAGCGAGAGACUCACCCCGGCCGGACGGGCCUUGGCCCGCCUGCGGUAUAGGGACUCGAUUAUGCAUGAGUUGAAAGACUGUAAUGCCGAUGAGCUGCAGCGGUAAUGUAAAGACGAAGGAAUCCCGUAUGUGGGGAAAGUCGACGCGAUCUUUGAUCUCGCCGAACAUCGGGCUCAACAGCAAUA